AUGGCCCCUAAUCCCUAUCUUCUCGCCGCCGACAACCCCCAAGCGCUGAUCUCGCUGCUUCGCGAGCAGCCGCAACUUGCCUCAGGACAGGACGAACAUGGAUACUCCCUCGUUCAUGCGGCUGCGAGCUACAACCAUCUCGAUCUCCUGCGCCAAUUGAUCCGCGAGUUCAAGGUCCCGGUUGAUCUUAAGGACGAAGAUGGAGAGACAGCGCUUUUCGUUGUCGAGACAGUUGAUGCCGCGCGCGUCCUUGUUGAAGAGCUGGGGCUGGAUCCUAAGAUACAAAAUGACGAGGGCCAGACAGCAAGAGAAAAGUUCGAGGCUGAUGGCGAUUUCCCUGCCGUGACUCAAUAUCUGCAAAACUUGGAAAGCGACUCUUUGACCAACAAUGGCAUAACAGACCAUGGAGAGGCUAUUCCUCCCCUGCCAGAAGGUUUCAAGGUCACAGUGGGGACGAUGGAUGAGUCUGAAGACGCGGAGCUGCCCCCAGAUCCCGAGUUCCGCAGGAGGAUAGAGGAGCUUGCGGCAAGGGAAGAUUUUCAAUCUCCCGAAGGCCAGGCGGAGCUGCGGCGUUUGGUAGAGGAGGCAAUUCGCGGUCAAUUUGCAGACGAGCGAAAUGUCCGGCCGAGACAAGACUGA